ACAUAACUUGUUCGAGUCAGUUCCAUAGCACGUGCUCGUGUUGAUUCUUAUUGGCUUAGAACUUUAGAAUUUCCAGCAAAACAAAACGAAAAUUGAAACUGCCAGUGACCUUGCAGCACAUACUUGACACAUUCAUCUCUACCGGUAUGUUCGAAGAUCCCCGCUACCGCUAGAGAAAAUCACCAUGGCGGAUGCCAUCUUCUCGGCCGUCGUGGGUGACAUGGUGGGCAGGGUGAUAUCCCUUCUCGCCGGCCACUUCAAAGGGCAACGGUGCACCACCGAAGCCAAGCUACGAAGGAUAUCCCAUAUGCUCAUCAAGGUUCACAGCGCAAUAGAGGAGGCCAAAGGGAGGCAGAUCACGAACCACGGCACCCUCGACUGGCUCACGGAGCUCAACGACGGCGUGUACCAGGGCCACUACUUGCUCGACACGGUCGGAUGCAGCAGAGAGCCACAGCUUCAAGAAGAAGAAGAAGAAGAAGAAGAAGAGCUCGCUGCUGAUCACAACAAGGUAGCCGCAAAGCCUUUCUCCUUGUCCUUGUUCAAUCCUGCAAAGCGCGUGCGUGUAGCGGCCUUCACCGUGAAGAGCCUCCUCUUGUCUCGGCAAGAUGUUGGUGUUCAUGAGAAGAUAGACCGCGUGGUGGAGAUCUUGGAGAUGGUAUCUGGCGAUCUCAAGGAGUUCAUGAUGCUCCUGCAGAACUGCCAGCCGGUCCACCGUCCAUUGACCACGAAUAUCUUCGUGGAAGGGCAGAUGUUCGGCCGGCACGUCGAGAAGGAGAGGAUCAUCAACUUCUUGCUGCAGGCCGACGACGGCAGCCGAUCGAAUAACGGAAAUCUGGGCGUGCUACCGAUUGUUGGCGACAUGGGAGUCGGGAAGACCACCCUUGCGCAGCAUGUCUGCGAUGAUCCCAGGGUGCGCAACCACUUCCCGGUAAUCAUUUACUCUAGCGUCUCGGCUGCCUUAGCCAUGGUACUGGGAGAAGCAGCCGUUGUUCUACGAUCCAAACACACGGCCGGAGACGCUGAACAUCUCAUCGAAUCGCUGCAUGUACUCAAGGAGAAUUAUCGGACCAAGAGGUUCCUCAUCGUGUUUGAGGAUGUUGACAUGUGCAAGAAACAGAUGUUGGAAGAGCUGCUGCCCAUCUUGAGACAGGGGAAGCAGGGGAGCAAGAUCAUUGUCACCACCAAUAACAGGCGUGUGGCAAGAAGCAUGGGGACGGUGGAUCCGAUCAACCUGAAGGUUUUGCCGCAUCCCGAGUACUGGUUCUUCUUCAAAGCCUAUGCCUUUCCGGGGAGAGAUGUGGAGGAGGACCCGAGGAUGGUAGCGGCGGGGGAAGCGAUCACGAAGAAACUAAAUGGGUCGUUCUUCGGUGCCAAGAUCGUCGGAGGGAUGCUGAAGGCGCACCCGGAUCGCCGUUUUUGGUGCAAAGUCCUGAGAAGCAAUAUUGGGGGUUUGUCUUUGUUGGGCGAUGGCAUUGGGUACAUUGCAGAUUUGGCCGAGAACUUGCUGCCAAGUCACGCAGAAAUGUGCGAGGUGACCGUUUCCAAGAAUCCGUUUUCAGCUCACACAGAAUUGGCCAGGUUGGAGGAUAUAUGCCAGGCAGCUCCUAGUGUUAGUUCUGGUUCUGUCUCUGGUGACUUCUUUGCAGGUGAUAUCUGGUUUGCAAAAGUGUUGUUGUGCAGGUCCGUGUUGCCAUUCCAAUGCCUGUACUACACUGCUCAUUGCGCUUUCCGUCAAGGUAACAGUUCAAAGGAAUUGAUGAGAGAUGGGGGAAGUAGAUUUGCCCAUAUAUUGUCGUCGAAAAGAAAUUUGCGCGUACAGGUGGGUGAAGAUCUGAGAGGAAUUUAUGCCUCUCAAUGGCAGCUGGAUGCUUUUUUUGGGAGAGGGCAAGUGUCUUAGCUUGGUUGCUUUGCUGAUAGCCACGAAAUAUUUUGAUGUACACUGAUAUCUUUAACUUCUCAUUGAUGUGUCGAACGGACGCUGCGACUGUCAUAUUUGCCAGUAGCUUGAUUGUCCGAUAUGUACAAAUCUCCGAUUGCAGUGAGCAUGGAUGGAACACGCGUCUGAUAUGAAGUUGAUUGCCAGAAACAAGCAAAUAAAAGUGCCUCGGCAUUAUUGUAA